UUUUUAUCGCUGGUCGUCGCGUAGCGUAGCAAGCUGCUGCUUCCUACGCUUUUCGAUUGAUUUUAAAUUAAAAUUAAACAGAACUUCUAAGUGAAACAUUGACAAAUAAACUGCGAAUCGUGAUCGUACGAUUAGUGGGUUUGCCCAGGCAAAUCUUUCCCUGCUACAAAGGAGAUAAGAGGUUGUAGGUUAUAAACAAGCGUGCAAAAUGUCUGAAAGUUCUGAAUCUGUCAAGAAGGAGCCGAUGACUGAUGAAGAGCGGCUGGCUUUGUGUCAGAAGCUCGAUCAGGAGCUGGACGACUUCAUCAAUGGCUUGGAACGCAAAAGAUACACGGACGGGUGGUCUGAGGAUACGUGGGAGGAAGAGAUGGACAAGCACCCUUUCUUCAUGAAGGAUACUCCGGCCGACGGUGAGCUGUCUCCGCUAGCGGAGGGUCUCGCCAAACUCAAGUAUGACCCCAACGAGAACACGGCACUAGAACUCGCCACCAAUUAUAAAGAAGAUGGAAAUUUCAACUUCAAACAUAAGAACUACAGACUGGCUAUUAUGGGGUAUACAGAAGGCAUAAGAAUAAAGUGUGGGGAUGCAGAAAUGGAUGCAAGCUUAUACAACAACAGAGCGGCAUCCCAUUGGCAAUUGAAAAAUUACCGGUCUUCCCUUGCAGACAGCGAAAAGGCCCUGACCUACAACCCUAAACAUGCAAAGGCCAGAUUGAGGGCAGCAAAAUCAGCUUUAGAAGUAGCAAAAUACGACACGUGCAUAGAACACUGCCAGAAAAUUCUAGAAGAAACAAAAGAUAAUACUGAAGUCACAGAACUAAUGAAGAAAGCGAGAAAAAAGAAACAGUUACUAGAAAGAGACCAACGCAAGAAAGAAAGAGAUGCAUCAGCAAAGAGCAAACAGAAGGAGACUGUUGUAAAAGCAAUCCUAUCUCGAGGGAUCCGAGUAUCAAACUGUGAAGAUGAAGAUGACCUGGACCUGGCAAAGCUAGAGCCAGUGUUACCGGGAGCCCAUGAUGCGAUAGUGCAUGUUGAAGACGGUAUUCUUAAAUGGCCUCUGCUAUUCUUAUAUCCUGAAUACCAAAUGACUGACUUCAUCAAAGCGUGUCCCGAAACGGUUCCCCUUAUAGAUCAGUUGGAACAGCUGUUCCCAGCUCCGUGGGACGAAAGAGGAGAGUAUAGAAAAGACUCUGUCAACGUAUAUUUUGAAGGAUACGAUAAAAUGCCUCACGUCAUUGAUUCAAAAGAGCAAUUAGGUAAUUUACUAGUACUGAAGUACUUUGAGCUGAAAGCUGGCACUCCAGCCUUUUUCAUUCUACCGCGGGGCAGUAAAGUUGAGCGUACAUUCUUAGAAAGUUAUAUCUGAGGUAGUUUUAAGGUAAAAUAAGGUUGUCUGGUAAUGUAUUAUGAAUAGUUUUAAUAACUUUUAAAUAAAUUCGACUAUUGAUUUGUUACUCAAACAGA